ACCCCGCUAGCCCUGACCGACGGACGCACGGACGGACGCACGGACCGGCAGAGCCGCUCUGCGACUGAGCCUCGGAGCGAGCCCGGCGGGCGGGCCAACCGCCGAGCCGAGCCGGGCUCCGGGAAGGGCCCCCGCCCGAGACCGAGCACAGGAAGCCUUGUUUGCUGACCUGCCUCGUGAGCUGGGAAGCCAAAGGAACAGAAUCAGGAGAAGUUGCAUUGAGGUUAAGGAACAUUGGUGAGCAGCUGUGCUGACCACCAUGGACCCGGACUGCUACGCCAGCAUGCAGGUGGGCAUGCGCGUGGUGCGAGGGGUAGACUGGAAAUGGGGCAACCAGGACAAUGGCGAAGGCAACGUCGGCACCGUGGUGGAGAUCGGCCGGCAGGGCAGCCCUACGACGCCUGACCGGACGGUGGUGGUCCAGUGGGAUCAGGGCACCAGGACUAAUUACCGGACUGGCUUCCAGGGCGCCUAUGACCUUCUCCUCUAUGACAAUGCCCAGAUAGGUGUCCGCCACCCCAACAUCAUCUGUGACUGCUGUAAGAAGCACGGGCUGCGCGGCAUGCGCUGGAAAUGCAAGAUCUGCUUCGACUACGACCUCUGCACCCAGUGCUACAUGAACAACAAACACGACCUGUCGCAUGCCUUCGAACGCUACGAGACUGCACACUCGCGCCCAGUCACUGUGAGUGCCCGCCACAGCCUGCCUCGAAUCACCCUGCGGGGCAUCUUCCAAGGCGCCAAGGUCCUCCGGGGCCCAGACUGGGAAUGGGGCAAUCAGGAUGGGGGCGAGGGGAAGCCGGGUCGUGUGAUUGACAUCCGCGGAUGGGACGUGGAGACGGGCCGCAGCGUGGCUAGUGUGACCUGGGCCGAUGGCACCACCAAUGUUUAUCGUGUGGGGCACAAGGGCAAGGUGGACCUCAAGUGUGUGGUGGAAGCACCAGGAGGCUUCUAUUACAAAGAACACCUCCCGAGACUAGGCAAGCCCGCUGAACUGCAGCGGAAGGUGAGCGCCGAGAGCCCCCCCUUCCAGCAUGGGGACAAAGUCAAGUGUCUGCUGGCCAUGGAUAUUCUCCGGGAGAUGCAGGAGGGCCAUGGAGGCUGGAACCCCAAGAUGGCCGAGUUCAUUGGUCAGACAGGGACAGUCCACCGCAUCACUGACCGUGGCGACGUACGGGUCCAGUUCAGUAGUGAUGCCCGCUGGACCUUCCAUCCUGGUGCCCUGACCAAAGUGAGUGCUGGUGAGGCAGGCGUCCCGAGCUCUGCGGCAGAAAGCAUUCUCUCAUUGACAGAUGAAGAAACCGAGGCCCAAGCAGGGAGGGACUUGGCCAAGCAUAACACAUUUUGGGUCGGUGAUAUGGUCCGGGUCAUCGAGGAUCUGGAAACGGUGAAGCGACUACAGGCUGGACACGGGGAGUGGACGGAUGACAUGGCCCUGGCCCUGGGGCACAUUGGGAAAGUGAUGAAGGUUUUUGGGGAUGGAGACUUGAGGGUAUCUGUCGGCGGUCAGUCCUGGACUUUCAACCCUGCCUGCCUGACUGCACACCAUCUGGAGGCGGACGCCAACCUGAACGCGGCAGAGAGCGCCAAAGAGCCGAAGAGCUCCCUGGGCACUGUCCUGGAGAAGCUGCUCACCCAAAAGAGUGACCCCGAGCAGCCGGGGCGGCUGGUGACCGAGGUGGCUCACGGCAACGUCGCCAGGGUGCUGGAGCUGGUAAAGAGGCAUCCGGACAAGGUGGAUGUCAGAAACCAGGGCCGCACCGCCCUGCAGGUGGCCGCCCAGCUGGGCCAGGUGGAACUGGUACGGCUGCUGCUCCAGGCCCACGCGGGCUUAGACGUGCGGGACGACGAGGGGGACACCGCGCUGCACUAUGCGGCCUUUGGGAACCAGGCUGAGGUGACCCGGGUGCUGCUGAGCCGGGGAGCAAGCGCCAACCUGAUCAAUAACACCAGGUGCACUGCCCUGCACGUGGCCGUCCACAUGGGCUUCCUGGAGGUGGCGCGAGUCCUGUGUGAGCAAGGCUGUGAUGUCAACAUUCCUGACAUGUGUGGAGACACCCCCUUGCACCGUGCCAUCUCAGCAGAUGCCAAGGGCAUCAUUGAGAUCCUCACCGAGGUGCCCACCAUCGACUUCACAGCCUCCAAUUGCCAAGGCUUCAACCUUCUCCACUAUGCGGCACUCAAAGGCAACGUGCUAGCUGUCAGGAGAAUCCUGGCCCGGGCCCGGCAGCUAGUAGAUACAAAAAAGGACGAUGGCUUCACGGCCCUGCACCUCGCAGCCCUCAAUAACCAUCGGGAGGUGGCCGAGAUCCUCAUCAAAGAGGGCCGCUGUGACGUGAACAUCCGUAACAACCGCCACCAGCUGCCUCUGCACCUGGCAGUGACCCAGGCCCACGUGGCGCUGCUGCUCCUGCUGGUGAGCGCUGGCAGUGACAUCAACGCUGAGGAUGAGGCCGGGGAUACCGCCAUGCACAUUGCCCUGGAGAAGCACCAGUUGCUGCCCCCUCCAGCCGAGGCCACCGGUGCCGGUGAAGGGGCCUCGCUCUUCUCCAGGCUCCAGGCCUCCAGUUUCCUGGGCGGCACAGAGCUCACUGUGGGCAUCGCCAUCGCCUGCUUCUUGGCCCAAGAAGGCGCAGAUGUGAACUAUGCCAACCACCGCGGCAAGUGCCCCCUGGAUGUGGUCACAGACGGACGGGGGGCCCAGGCCAUUCGUAGCUUUGCCCAGAGGUUCAGGGAGCAGCAGGGCUCUCUGGGCCCCACAGGGAGGAGCUGCGGGCUUCGGAGGAUGCACAGCACGCCCAAUACCAUGACCAACCUGAGCGUGGGUGGGGCAGGCGGUGGUGGGCCAGGGGCCGGGCCUUCCGAGUGCCUCGUCUGCUCUGACCUGGCCCUGCUGGUGCUCUUCCUCCCCUGCCAGCACAGCAUCGUAUGUGAAGAGUGUUCCCGCAGAAUGAAGAAAUGCAUCUGCUGCCAAGUGACCAUCAGCAAGAAGCUUAGACAAGACAACACCGAGGUGGAGAGCAGCGUGCCGGGGCUGGAGUGUGCGGGCCAGCGGCAGCUAGUGGAGGAGCUGCAGAGCCGCUAUCGGCAGAUGGAGGAACGCAUCACAUGCCCCAUCUGCAUCGACAGCCACAUCCGCCUAGUGUUCCAGUGUGGCCACGGCUCCUGCCUCGAGUGCAGCGCGGCACUCCGUGUCUGCCCCAUCUGCCGCCAGGCCAUCCGUGACCGCAUCCAGAUCUUUGUCUGAGAGCUGCGUGAGGACUGGGGCAGAGGCCGCCCAGCCUGGCGAGGGGCCUGGGGCCCCUGCUGGGCACCAGCGCCCAGGGCCGGGCCCCUGCAGCGUCAGGAAGGUGAUGGGCAGCCUGCCUGAGGGUGGCCUCAGACUGCCACUGCUGGGCACACGUGCUUGAAUGUGUCAGUGGGCCCCUCUCUUGCCCCCAGGGAGGCCCAGGGUGUGGGCAGGAAGGGGGCUGCAGGGCAGCAUCCAGGGAUUUUGCACUUUACAUGGAGGGGGCACAGCCUGGUGGGCAGGCUAAAGAGGGUGCUUGGCUGGACACCAGCUGCCUGCCCGUGGCUCCUCUGGGCUCUUGGUGCCAUGCCAUGCUGAGGGACGCUCCUGCCCCUACUUCUUGGUUUGGGCAGGCUGGGAACUGACCUGGGGGCCAGGGCUUGGGCCUGCUCAGCAGUCUGGAGGGGGUCCCCUUCCCCCUUAGCCUCUCACUGGCCUGUCCGAUCCAUGGGAAGCAAGGCCAGCAGCCAUCUGUGCCCAGGGGACACAGUGCUUCCUGUCCUCUGCCCUGUGAGCUCUCGGUAUGUGGCCUGCGUGUUGUGAUUCCCUGCAUCCCCAUGUUGGCUGUCUGCCCCCCAGCCCAGGUACCAGCUGGGUCCUGUUACACAAGAGCCAUUUUUCCAGUAUCUGCCUUUGCAAAAACUCCCCUAAACAAACAUACAGAUACAUACACACAGACACACACACACACACACGCAUUUUAUAAAAGGAAAAAUGAAUUUUGUC